ACUGGGAAUCUAGGGACUGGGAAAACAAUUGUGGCCAAGCUCUAUGCACAAUUUCUCGCUUGCUUCGAUCUUGUGUCGCCAAAUCAAUGCACUUAUGCGGGAUAUCACAUAAAGGAUUUUAACUUGGCCAAAUGGAAACCAGAUCCUGGCCAUUAGGUCAUCUUCAUCCGCCGGGCCGAUCAGCUCAUUCAAGACCAAAGGAUAACCGAUGAGAUUCUUACCUUCCUGGAGAAGUAUAUUGGACAAAUAUUCCUGAUCUUGAUCGGACCGCCCAAGGACUUUUGUGAUACGGGAGCCUCUCGUCGCUUCACCAUGAAGAUGGACCUCGAAGAUUAUUCCAAGGACGAUAUAUACCGCCUGUUGGUUCGCAUACUAAAGAAGCGCAAACUUCAUGUCGACGGGGGCUGGGAUGGUGAGAACUUGAGAAUUCUUGCUCGCCGAAUCUGCCGCAAGCGUUCUAAUAAGAAGUUCACCAAUAUGCUGGCUUUGCAGGCUGUUUUAGAGCAGGUGAUGAGACGCCAAGCCUCGCGACUUUGCCGGUCAUCAAGAGGCGUGGCGGCGAGGCGUGAGACGCCCUCCAACUAUCACUUCCUGACGAAGUUUGAUCUUCUUGGCCCAGCCCCACUGGACAUGAGAGAAAAGAGUGAGGCCUGGAAGCAAUUGCAGAGCAUGAUAGGUCUUCAGCAGGUCAAGAAGAUGAUUGAUGACCUCGCUCUUCGAGCAAACACCAAUUAUCACCGUGAGAUCCAAGGCCUACCUCCAAUCGAGACAUCCCUCAACUGGGUGUUCCUAGGCCCUCCAGGCACCGGUAAGACCACCGUGGCCAGGCUUUACGGAAAGAUUAUUGCAGAGUUGGGUCUUAUCUCCAGUGGCGACGUUGUAUUGAAGAAUCCCUCUGACUUCAUCGGGCAAUAUAUCGGCCAAUCAGAAGUUAACACCACUGAGAUACUUCGCAACACUGAGGGGAAGGUGCUGAUUAUCGACGAUGCUCAUAUGCUCUAUCAAGGGUCUAGUCAUGGGUCCAAUCUCUCCGAUUCGCAUCGGCUCGGCGUUGUGGAUGCGCUGGUCGCAAACAUCUCGAGCACCCCAGGCGAGGACCGUUGCAUCAUCCUAAACGGCUACCCGGACCAGAUGAAGGAGUUCUUCAACAACAGCAACCCCGGCCUACGGCGGCGAUUCCCAUUGGAGGAGGCUUUUCACUUUCAGAACUACUCCGUCGACCAGCUCGCCAAGAUACUCGAUCUGAAAUUGUCUCGUGGUGGAAUGACGGCUACCGACGAAGCCAGGAAAGUAGCCAUAGAGGUCCUUUCCCGGGCUCGAGAUCGGCCCAACUUUGGGAAUGGGGGUGAUAUCGAUAACCUGCUCGGUCGAGCAAAAGCGGCCUUUAACAAAAGGAUGAAGGGUGUCACUGACCGACAAGGAAGGAUGAUCGAGCCCGCCGAUUUCGAUCCAGAAUAUGAUAGAGCCUCUAAGAGUAGCAAGGCCUGUGAAUCCCUUUUUUCGACACUGAUUGGCAUGGAUCACAUAAUUACCCGCUUCCAGGACUACCAGCAGAUGGCAGCCGGGAUGCGAUUGCGCGAGAUUGAUCCGCGUCCGUUCAUACCAUUUACGUAUGUCUUCAAGGGGCCCCCGGGAACGGGGAAAACAACUACGGCUCGCAUUCUCGGCCAGGUCUUCUACGACAUGGGAUUCUUGUCUACCGCUGAGGUCAUUGAAUGCACUGUGACGGAUAUGAUUGGCGAGUACGUUGGGCAUACAGGGCCGAAGGUUAUCAAAUUGCUCGAGCGAGCUUUGGGUAAGGUGCUGUUUAUUGACGAAGCCUAUCGGUUGGCAAGCACUUUCACUGGACGCGGUUCGAGCUUUUGUGAAGAAGCAAUCGGAGAGUUGGUAGACUGCAUGACAAAGCCCAGAUACGCUCGCAAACUUGUGAUUGUCCUUGCUGGCUACUCAGAUGGUAUGGACAGGCUAAUCCACAGGAAUCCGGGGAUACGAUCUCGAUUUCCGACAGACAUUUCAUUUCCGUCGAUGGACCCGGCACAUUGUUUUGAGUACCUCGAAGCGCAGCUCGGAAGGAUUCAGAUAAGCGUGGAUCGAGGGGAUCCGAAGUCUGUUGAUGGAAAAUACUCAUCUGUGUUACGCAUGUUUUCCCGGCUGCAAAAGACAAGGUCGUGGGCAAAUGCCCGUGAUGUUGAAACAUUGGCCAAGAAUGUGACCUUUCAUGUGUAUAAGAUACAAAGGAGGCCAGGUGACUUGUCCAUUGGUCUCAGUAUCUCCUUGGAUGAACUUUUCACCUGCCUAGGAGAUCUGCUACGCCAGCGAGAACGUGGUCCUAAAAUGAACACUGGCGACACGAAUGAAUAAAAGACAAGAUUGUCUGUUGUCAAGCUAGAAGCGAUGAGAUCAGAGAUAAAGCACUGCUGUGUGUCUUUCGGGUUUGCUUUAGAAUGAAACGCUAUCAGCUUCAUAUCAUCUCAGUAGCUCGAUUUAUAGGGACAAACCUGAAAGCUUAUCUUCUUGCUUCAUACAAUA